CCCUCCAUACACACUUUGACUUGUCAGUGAAAUCAUACUUCCUCUCUUCUUCUUCAUCUCAUUUCAUUUUCUAAAUUUCAUAUAGCGGAGACUCACUGAUUCAUGGAUUCAGAGGAGGAAACCUUGUUUCGAAAUUCUCCCUAUACACUUUACUUCGUGCAAAGUCCAUCUACUAUCUCGCAUGCAAAUAGCGGAGAACUCACUCGUCAUAAUAACAAUAACAACAAAAACAAUAAUAGUAACGAAUUUUCAGUAUGUCAUUCCCCAAUACCUCAACCCGAAGUCGGUCCAUUGGCUCUUUCUCGAUAUUCGUCUCGUGGAUCUAACCACUCGUUCUCGCAUCAUGAGAAGAAGAUCUCGUGCGACUCGCUUCAGAGCCAUGCAACAGGAAUUGAUGAGAAUAUUGAGAUUGAUCAUGAGAAACGUUGUACAAAAUUAUUGCUACAUGGGAAAAAUGGUAAUAGUGUUGAAGAGGGGAAUGAAUAUGAGGAUGAAUAUGAAUAUGAAUAUGAAGAGGAGGAUUAUUAUUAUGGGAAAGGAAAUUGGAAGAGGUUUUUUUCUUUGGGAUAUUCGGAUUCGACACCGUGGAUUGUUUUGCAAGUAACUUGGAGGCUUAUUCUGAGUAUGAUAAUUGCUUUGGUUGUUUUCUACAUUGCCACAAAGCCCCCUGCACCUAAGGUUUCUCUUGAGAUUGCCGGUGUUCGUGAAUUUGGAUUAAGAGAGGGAGUGGAUGGAACUGGUGUAAAUACCAAAAUGCUUACAUGCAAUUAUUCCAUGAGUUUACAAAUAGAUAACAAGUCUAAGCUCUUUGGACUUUACAUUCAUCCCCCUGCAAUGGAAAUGUAUUUUGGAAGGCUACCUUUCAUAUUAGCACAAGGGGAAGAGCUUUAUGCAGGGAGCAAUGGGCCAACAUACUUCAAGCUAAAUGUAGGGACAAGGGAAAAGGCAAUGUAUGGGGCAGGAAGAAAUAUGCAAGACAUGCUCCAAUCUGGGAAAGGAUUGCCUUUGCUCUUACGCGUGCAUCUUAGUUCAACUUUUCAUGUUGUUUGGGGUCUUAUCAAACCCAAAUUUCAUCACCAAAUCGAGUGCCUCCUUAUUCUUCAUAAUGCUUAUAAUAAAAAACAUAGAACCCAAGCUUAUAACAGCACUUGUGCUGUGCUCACUUCUUAAUUCAAACUUGAACAGGUUUAUGAAAAAAGAAAACAAGGAGAAAUUGUUAUCGAUUGGUUUCACUAACCGAUUUCUCUUGGCUGUUGAGCUAGGUUCGACCUUUAAGUUUCUCUGUUAUGCGGCGUUUUUGUAAAGCAUAUUAAAAAAUCCAUUAAUUAGUAUAUAAAAUUAUAUGUGCUUUUGCCUCAAA